CUUACCAUUCGCUAUUCGCUAUUCUCCAUUUGCCAUCAGCUCAGUUUCAGGCUGCGUGCUUUUGGUAUAAUUAUCCUGGCCCGAUCGUGCAGGUGAAGCAGCUCCCUAGUACCCACUGCCCAAGCCCUACCUCGCGACAGACCUGCACUUCUUGGGCUUCUUUCCAACUUCUUUCUGCGCGUCGUUUGGAGAGCCAUGCCGGCUUGGAACUCGCUCGCAGAGCUCGCGCUCGAAGCAUCUGCCUUCGCAAGACUCAUGCACGCCCUCGCCGGCCUGUACUUUUGGGAGGUGGCGACAUCACUUGGAUUUGAUUGGCAAUUCAUUACAGGGGAGAAGGAAUUUCACUGGCCCUUAAUCUUCUACUUUUUGGGUCGGUACCUUCUCGUGUUCGCCAUGAUCGGAAUCCUUACAGCACUCGAUGUCACGACUGAGGUCAAUUGCCAGGCGCUAUAUACCUUCAACCAACUCGUCGGACAGGCGACCAUCGGCCUUGCGAGUAUCAACCUUGCUAUACGGACAAUGGUACUGUGGUCGCAGAACCUGUACAUCGUCGUUCCGCUCGUCUUGGUCAUCCUCGGCCAUUGGUCGCUCAUUCUCCAAGGUGUGCUGCUGAAGGCAGAAUGGGUACCAGACCAGGGCUGUGUGAUCACACACACGAAUAACACCGUGCUCGCGGCGACAUUCAUUUACAGCAUGUGCUUCGACCUUAUCGUGCUCGUUCUCACAGCCGCCAAGCUUGCGUUCCCCCGAGGUCAGCGCUCGCAGCUGAUGAGAAUGCUGUUUAGGGACGGGUUGAUCUAUUUCGUCAUUGCCUUCCUUUCGAAUUUGCUGGCGACUACGUUCAUCCUGCUUAAUUUGAGUGCAGUCAUGAGCGUCAUAUUUAAUGUUCCUUCUGCGAUCGCGUCAACGAUUGCAGCAUGCCGGGCAGUUCGACGCCUGAACGGAUGGUCAAGCUCAGGGCCCGAAGUAUUCUCGAAUCACAUUGGCAACCAGAUUCACUCCGCGCCGGUGGCCGUCAGCCGCCCGUUUGGAAUGGCGUGUACGUCAGAGAGCAUCCGUUACCCGCACAGCCGCAAGGCGUCGGGCGGUGUGCACAUCCAGGUGGGAUCUCAUUUCCAUCUUCAAGCUUGGCGCCGCAUCCAGAUGGAGUCGUUCGCUAUCACGGACUUGGAGACCACGCGCACUAAUCCGAGCCCCCCGACGUUUGAAACGAUCGAGAACCCGGAGAUCAGCGGUGAUUACAAGCGGCCACCGUUUUAAGCGAGAGGUUCCUUCUUUUGUAGAGGCUGCGAUUUGGACGUGCUCGUAAGCUGUGCAUUUUGGUUGUAGGAAACCUGCCCUUUAAAAUCAUCAAUAAUCUAGAUACACUCGCUCUAUUUGUGACGUUACUGUAACUAGAUAUCCUAUUGUAAUCAAGAAGACACACAUACUAUCGAGCCACCUAUGAAGAGAGGAAUAAGCGAAAACCUCGAAGAUUCGCUUACUACUGUAUGGUGGCAACAUCACGCGUCACACAC